CCCUGUGAAAGGGUCGUUCAACCACCAAAGGGGUCGCGACCCACAGGUUGAGAACCGCUGAGCUAGGCAGUAUCAGGGGAGGGGUCUCCAAACCGAGUGACCUGAGAGAGGAUCUGCCCCCUGAGUGAAGAUAUGGCAGGUAGCUGGAAAGGGGAAGCUCGGGUCCAGCAGGAGAGGAGGAAGGCCUCCCACUUGCUAAAGCCGGGGUGUGCCAGGUCCCACCCUCAGAGGCGGGGCCAGGCUAAGCCCCGUGGCCACAGUUCCAUCCUCCCAGAACCCAGGCAGGAGCAGAGCCGGGGCAGCCACAAGCCUGGGGCCCUGCUAUUCCAGAGUGGAGGCACCAUGCUCUCCGCCGCCCGGACAUCAGACAUCUCCAGAGGCCCUGCAAGGUCGGCUGCAGCAGUUCCCUGACACAGGACAGGCCAGGCUGAGGAGCACCUGUCUCCAACUGCCAUGCACGUCGGCCAUUGCUCCAGAUUUUCUGUCCCCAGACCCAAGAUGACACCCAACAGCACCAGGGAGGUGCCCGGUGCUGUUCCCAUGGGAGCCUUCGGGCUCUCCCUGGUCCUGGCAAGCCUCAUCGUCGUGGCCAACCUGCUCCUGGCCGUGGGCAUUGCCGGGGACCGCCGCCUGCGUAGCCUCCCUGCUGGCUGCUUCUUCCUGAGCCUGCUGCUCGCUGGGCUGCUCACGGGGCUGGCACUGCCCACACUGCCAGGCCUGUGGAGCCAGAGCCGCCGAGGCUACUGGUCCUGUCUCUUCCUCUACUUAGCUCCCAACUUCUCCUUCCUCUCCCUGCUGGCCAACCUGCUGCUGGUGCACGGGGAGCGCUACAUGGCAGUGCUGUGGCCUCUCCGGGCCCCUGGGAGCACUCGCCUGGCCCUGCUCCUCACCUGGGCUGGCCCCCUGCUCUUCACCAGCCUGCCCGUGCUGGGGUGGAACCACUGGGCCCCUGGUGCCAACUGCAGCUCCCAGGCUGUCUUCCCAGCCCCCUACCUCUACCUCGAAGUCUAUGGGCUGCUGCUGCCUGCCGUGGGUGCUGCGGCCCUUCUGUCUGCCCGUGUGUUGAUCACUGCCCAUCGCCAGCUACAGGACAUCCGCAGGCAGGAACGGGCAGUGUGCCGCGGGGUGCCCUCGGCCCUGGCCCGGGCCCUUACCUGGAGGCAAGCAAGGGCACAGGCUGGAGCCACACUGCUCUUUGGGCUGUGCUGGGGACCCUACGUGGCCACCUUGCUCCUCUCAGUGCUGGCCUAUGAGCAGCGCCCACCGCUGGGGCCUGGAACUCUGUUGUCCCUUGUUUCACUGGGCAGUGCCAGUGCAGCGGCUGUGCCUGUGGCCAUGGGGCUGAGUGAUCAGCGCUACACAGCUCCCUGGAGGGCAGCUGCCCGAAGAUGGCGCCGGGUGCUGCGGGGAAGAGCCUCCCGGAGCAGUCCUGGCCCCGGCACUGCCUACCGCACCAGCAGCCAAAGCAGCAUGGACCUGGACUUGAACUAGGGGAAGGGCCUCCGCUUACUCCUACUAGAAGCAUCCAUCCAUCUCAGCCACGCCUGUCUCCACUUGUCCGCACACCCCUGGAUCAGAGACCCUGCCCUUUUUUAUUGGUGGAAUAAAGCUCCUCUGGCCGAGUU